CCAGCAGCAGCGGCGGGCGGCUGCGUUUUGCGUGCACCGAUGGAUUACUGCUACUUUAAGGACAGGCUCGCUGCCCGCUGAGGGAGAAAAGAUGCUGAUUUAAGAAGAACAGGGGCAUGCUUUGUUUCUGGAACCGGGGCAAGCAACUCCAGGGUUAAUAAAUAAAUAAAGAGACUUGGAUGACAGGACGAUGGCUGCGUCGAGCUGAAACCACCCCCCCUCUCCUCCCUCCUCCCUCUCCAGUCCAAACAUGAACUCUUCCUCUGAUGCGAACCAAAGCAGCUCUCCCUCGUUCUGCCUGCUGGGCGCCGUGGGUUACUCCCACAGCUUGGAUACCUGCGUGCUGGAGGUGGUCGUCAUCCUCUUCCUCACUGUGCUCAUCAUCGCCGGCAACCUGGUGGUGAUCUUCGUCUUCCAUUGCGCCCCGCUGCUGCACCACCACACCACCAGCCACUUUAUCCAGACCAUGGCGUACGCCGAUCUGCUGGUGGGUGUCAGCUGCCUCGUGCCCUCUUUGUCCCUCCUCCACUACCUCCGACACCUGAAUGAAGAGCUCACCUGCAAGGGAUUCGGCUACAUGGUUUCUGUGCUGAAGAGCGUUUCCAUGGCCUCUCUAGCUUGCAUCAGCGUGGACCGCUACAUCGCCAUCACCCGCCCGCUGUCGUACGCCACGCUGGUGACGCCAUGCCGGUUGAGGGUGUGCAUUGUGCUCAUUUGGGUUUACUCUGCUUUGGUUUUCCUGCCAUCUUUUUUCCGCUGGGGGAAGCCGGGUUAUCACGGGGACAUAUUUCAGUGGUGUGCAAACUCCUGGAAAACCAAGCCUGCAUUUAGCACCUUCAUUGUGGCGCUGCUCUACGCACCGGCCGCACUUACCGUCUGCUUCACCUACGGGAGUAUAUUCCGGAUCUGUCGGCAGCACACGAGGGAGAUCUCCCAGCGCCACGCCCGCUUCAGCCCGCAGACUGAGGGUGAUAAAGGCGAGCGGGGAGAGCGGUGCGAGGGCUGCCCGGACAAACGCUACGCCAUGGUGCUGUUCCGCAUCACCAGCGUCUUCUAUGUGCUGUGGAUGCCGUACAUCCUGUACUUCCUCCUGGAGAGCGCCGGGCUGUAUCACCACAAGGUGGCCUCCUUCUUUACAACAUGGCUGGCAAUCAGCAAUAGCUUCUGCAACUGUCUCAUCUACAGCCUCUCCAACAGCGUCUUCCGGAAAGGUCUCGGCCGCCUCUUUAGCCCACUGUUUCCUUCCUGCCUCGGCUGCACGGAGGCCAAAAAGGCUCCAGCCCCCGUCAGCCUGCGAACAGACCCCCGAUGCCAAGUGUGAGACCUGACGAGACCUGACUCGGAUGGAUUCGCCUCGGUCACUUUGGAAGCAUCGGCCCCCUGUGCGUGCUUUGCUCUCUACUGCGUAGCAUGACACAGGUCUUUGUGGUCCUGCGGUGAAUUGUGUGAGCACAGCGAGGUGCUUGUGCAAGAAGCCUUUCGGCCGCUUUAAGAGGAUGAAUUUAGUGGAAAAAGGAGGCCGCGUCGUUCCUGCUGGGACUUUCUCAGAUUCUCUCUGUGAUGCUGCUCUUUCAUGGCCGCAAGCUGACGACACGGAGUUAGUAAGUUUGUUACUGAUGAAGAAAGUUCAGAGGAUUUGAUAAACACUCCUC